AAUAACAUAUUGAUCAAAAGUAUCGAUAUCAAUUGAUCUCAUUUCCUUUAAGACCUAAGAAUCUAAUGCUUAAGCAUUUCAACUCGAUAGAAAACAUCAAUUAUAGACUCAGUUGCUGCUAAGUUCUUGAAGUAUAGUGUAAGAAAGAGUGAAUUUCGGUUCACUUUCAUUCAAUUACAAAAUGAUCAAUAAUUAAUUAUUUAUUUGCAGUAGGAAACGGUAAAGAGUUUCAUACAUAUGCAUAUUUCCGUGUAUUAUGUAAAAAUAGUAACAAUAACAUGUGACAAACUUAGAUUUACCACAGUGAUUUUCGCAUAUUUUUAUAUUCACAAAGGCCAGGCAACUGAUUUUUUAAGAGAAAAAAAUAAUAUCUAAUUGAUACUAGAGAUCCUCUACAUGAAUUUAUGGAAUAUGUGAAUCUGAGAUGGUGAGCAAUAUAAUGCUAACACUAAGUAGAAUAAAAUAUUUUGAAGUUUAGAGAAAUGAAUAAUAAAUAUACUGUCUGAUUCAAAAGAAAAAAUUUAUUUCUGAUAUUAUAUAUUGGCUAAUGAGUCCAUUUCUGAUAGUUUGUACCACCAGAAGAUAUUCGAAAUACGUCAAUAAUGAGUUAUAAUAAUGAUUCAUCAGAAAAAAACGCUACAACGAAUUCAAUGACUAGUUUCUAAUAAAAAUGCUGAUAGUUCAUAUGCGUUUUAAUAAACUCUCAAACAUUCUCAUUAUUCUGUCAUUAACCCUUUCUUUCCUAUAGCUGAUUUAGUCCGUCCUAGAAUAUACUGCAUUUAUCUAAAUUGUAAACAAAGUUUUGAUGGCAAAGGUUAGGUUUGGGUUGUUGAUUUGAAAUAUAUAACACGCAAGCCUUAAUCUGACAUAGAUCUAAUUACUAUAAAUCUUAUAGUUCAACAGAAAAGAGCAUUAAAAAAAAUGCCAGCUUUAGGUGUCACUCGGAAAGAAAGGGUUAAGUUCUUAAUGCCAAAAAGAAUCGCAAACGUUACUGAUUCAGAUGAGUUCGAUUAUCUGAAUGUAGUAAGGAAAAUUCUAAUAACUAUUGACUAGAUACAAUCGAAAUCUUCAGAAUUUGAAAGAAUUCUAUCAAGAUGACCAUCGCUGACAUUUGAUAUCCAUACUUUUGCAGGAAGUAUAGAACUUACGUAUAACAAGUCUCGGAUUCUCAUCACGAAGACACGAAUUAUUAUCGAACGUUUUGUUUGAGAUUGAAACCUAACGGAUGCUUUCGCUUCAGAAAGUGAGAAGUCCAGAUGAUAAAAAAUCGAUAGUACUUCGUUUAAUAUGAUGAUCAUCAAAGUGUCCUUUUUUCUAAAUAUGAUGAUAACUUCGAAUAAGUUUUGAAAACAAUCCUAAACUGUCAAAAUUUAGACAAUUUCAAACACAAUAUUAUAUUAUCGCUGAUUCAUGUAUUCAUAGGUGAUGUUCAACUCCUUCUGCAUAUAUUGUCAUGCAGAUCAUCAGUGAAACUGGAAUAGUUACUAAGAAUAUCUAUGAAUAUUGAGCGAAUUUGUAAAAUCGCUAUCCAGAGAGCAAUACUAUAAAGCAAGCCUUCUAAGAUUCAAGUAGAGUUUUGUUAUUAAAUGUAUAAAUCCACAAAAGAUAUCAUGUUUUGCAACUAUUUACUGACCAGCCAUCUAACAAUAAUAAAAAGAUUGGUGACGAUCAUAGGUCUGUAGGUAGAUUCUUUAACUGUGAACCAAUGAAACAUAGGAUGAAAAUCAAUGCUUCAUAAUAUUACGAUAUCCUAGCAUCAAGGUGUUUGAGUACUCCAGAAAAAAAUUCUUGCCUUAUGCUUCAGCUGUUUUACCGUCUACACUGGUCAUUAUGAUCACUUCUGUAAAUGUUCACAUCGAUAAGGACAGUGAACAAUUUGAAGUACUGGUAUCGAACCAGUGACUCAUGGUCAAUAUUGUAAUUCGAACUCUGCUGUAAGCUAUUUUAACUAGCACUGAGUCUAUAAUUGAUGUUUUCUAUCGAGUUGAAAUGCUUAAGCAUUAGAUUCUUAGGUCUUAAAGGAAAUGAGAUCAAUUGAUAUCGAUACUUUUGAUCAAUAUGUUAUUUGAUCUCAUGUUUUAUCAUUGAUUCCUUUAGUUUCCCUAACCUUUGCUAUUUAUUUUCACUGUUAUCAUUUACAAUAUGUUUGAAAACUCUUAAAAACUUAUACUGAAAAGAUAUUAAUCUAUUCUAUAAACAUCCAAUGUGAAAAACUAAAACUAAAUUAUAAAAUCAUGCUGAUAAAGAGGUAUGAUUUAUUGUUUGGUAUUGACAUUUUUUUAUUAUUAUUCAUUCUAAUGGUAUUGAAUUUGGUAUCCGAUUGUUCAGAAUCAGAUUAUCUAUAACUUUUUUUAGGGAGUGAUUUUCAAUUGGACGUAUUGUUCGUUUGGAAAGUGAUCAGAAAUAAAAACUUGAAUAUUACUAUCAUUUUUGCAUAGCGUUCAGAAUUACCCCACUAUAAGAAGCAUGUGUUCAUAAUUGCCCCAUACGGGGCAAUUAUGAACAAAAAUGAUUUUUUCUAAUUAAAGUAUUUUAAUUACUAUUAAUUUAAAAUAAAGGCUAUAGACAAGUUAAUCUUACCGAUUGUAGUAUUAAAGGUGCUCUAUCUACUGGUGCAAAAAUUACUAAUUAAUCUUGAUCACAUGAUGAGUAAAGUGACUCAGAGUAAAGCUCAAAUUUUCCAGCUAUUUUAGCUGAGUGUUCAGAAUUACCCCACUAUAAGAUGUGUGUGUUCAUAAUUGCCCCAUACGGGGCUAUUCUGAACAAAACGAUGGUGCUUCUAGCAAAAUAGGUGCCGAACGACUUUCGCAAAGUACUUUUUGAAGAUUUUUAGAUAGGUAUGUAGAGAAAACUUCAAGCUACAUGUCAGUAUUUUUUUUUCUUCAAAAAUAACAAAGUUAUUAAAACUUUUAUUAAAGUUUCUAAAAAAGCGUUCAGAAUAGCCCCACUCUACUCUAUUCAUCUAAUGAAAAUUUUUUAUUUCUUUUCUUUUAUAGACUUGCUGAAGAAAAAAAUUUAAUUAUUAUAUUAAAUAAUUUAUUUAAUUACGUUAAAAAUACAAUUAAUGAUAUAAAUAUAUCGAUGAAUUUAAAUCCACAAAGUAUGCCAUCACAAACUAGAGCAGGUAAAUUUGAUAAUAAUGUUGAAGAAAAAACAAUAAAUGAAGAAUAUGAAAUAUGGAAAAAUAAGGCACCAUUUCUUUAUAAUCUUGUUAUAACUCAUGCACUUGAAUGGCCUAGUUUAACAACUCAAUGGUUACCUCAUGUUCGAAUAGAAGAAGGUCGAGAUUAUAAUACUCAUCGUUUAAUUCUUGGUACACAUACAUCAAAUGAACAAAAUCAUCUUAUUAUAGCUAGUGUACAAUUACCAAAAGAAGAUCUUCAAUUAGAUGCUUCUCAUUAUGAUAAUGAACGAGCUGAAUUAGGUGGUUUUGGUUUAAUAAAUGGUCGUAUUGAAAUUGAUUUAAAAAUUAAUCAUGAAGGUGAACUUAAUCGUGCUCGUUAUAUGCCACAAAAUCCUCAAAUAAUUGCAACAAAAACACCAUUAUCUGAUGUAUUAAUAUUCAAUAUUGAUACACAUCUAUUAGGUAAAGAACAACCAGGUGAUUGUAAUCCCGAAUUGCAUUUAAAAGGUCAUACAAGAGAAGGUUAUGGUUUAUCAUGGAAUUCAAAUAUUAAUGGACAAUUACUUAGUGCUGCUAAUGAUCAUACUGUUUGUUUAUGGAAUAUAAAUAUUAAUCCAAGAGAAGAAAAAAAAUUAGAAGCUUUAUCGAUUUAUACUGGACAUUCAAUGAUUGUUGAAGAUGUUGCAUGGCAUUGUACACAUCCAACUAUAUUUGGUUCUGUAGGUGAUGAUCAAAAAUUAAUGAUUUGGGAUACAAGAUCAAAUAAUUAUGUAAAAGCCAGUCAUAUAAUUGAUGCACAUUUAGAUAAAGUUAAUUGUCUUUCUUUUAAUCCAUUCUCAGAAUAUUUUCUUAUAACUGGUUCAGCUGAUCGAACAAUUGCUUUAUGGGAUUUAAGAAAUUUAAAAGUUAAAUUAACUACAUUUGAAUCUCAUAAAGAUGAAAUUUUUCAAGUACAAUGGUCACCUCAAAAUGAAACUAUUUUUGCAUCAAGUGGUUCUGAUCGACGACUUCAUAUAUGGGAUUUAAGUCGAAUUAAUCAACCACAGACAUCAUCUGAAGUAGAAGAUGGUCCACCUGAACUAUUAUUUAUCCACGGUGGUCAUGCUGCUAAAAUUUCUGAUUUUUCAUGGAAUUCAAAUGAACCAUUUGUCAUCUGUUCUGUAUCGCAAGAUAAUAUGGCUCAAGUUUGGCAAAUUGUAAAUUAA